UUUUCUUUCUCUAGUUACUGUGUUUUUUUUGUUUUUCUGUUUUGUUUUGCUUUGUUUUUGGUUUUUUGAUUUGUUUUUUGAAUAGUAGAUGUGGUUGAAAAUGUUGAUGUCAUCUCUGUUUUGAGGUCGUGUUUCAUCCUAAUCUUGUGUAUAAUAUGUUAAUUUUUUAAAUGAUUAUAUUUGUUAUCUUUAAAUAUGUUUAGAUGAUAAAACCUACCUUAAAGUUCAAAUUUUUGUCAAGUGUUUUCAAAAUUUGGUGGUUAAGAAUAAUGGGUUAAACAUAAAUAUGAUUUGUAUUGUGGUAUUAAACUUUUGUGGGGGAAGUUUAUAAAAUAAAGUAGGCAAGUCCUUGGUAUAUUGUGGUUUAAUUGAAAAUGUUUGUUUAAAUACAAUGAUAAGUGUGUCUUACUAUUAUAACCAUAGUGAAAAGUAUUAUUAUUAUGGUAUUAAAAUGUUUCAAUGUCUGAGUCGUAAAUGUGAGAUUAAUUAUACUUUUUUGUUAGUGCUGCUUGAUUUUGCUUAGUUAGAGGCAAAUGUGAAUUAGUUUGAUAUUUAAUAAAAUGUAUCUUUGUUUUGCUGUCUUGAUAAAAUAUUUUGGAAAAUUAAUAAGUUCUAUAAAAUGUUUAUCACAAUUUAUCUUUCUGAGUAAAAUCAAUUUAUUCUGUAUAUUUCCUGUAUACUUGAAUUAAAUGUUUUGGUACUAAUUUACAGGAAUGUUUCAGUUAAGAACAACAAUUCUUUUCUUUAUACGAUUUGUUGUUCUGUAUAAUUUAUUUGAAAGAAAGACUUAAUUCUUUAAUUUUCUAUUUUGAUGUUUGCUUUGCUUUUUAAUGUAAAUGUGGUAAGUAGUGCUGUUUUAAAAAUCAGUAUAAAAUAAUAGAGGUUGCUGUUUUUCAAUCUUUAUGUAUAGCUGAGACCUGCAGUUUUUCUAAAAUCCAAGUCACAAAUUAAAAGUAAUAGCAUUCUGGUUAUUUUGCAGAAUUGCUCAUAAGAAUGGACAGGAUCUUGAAGGCUAACUGCAAGGAACUGUGCACACUGGAACUCAGUUCUGCCCAAACUCCAAAAUGAUGAUAGAGAAUUGACCAAGAAAAAUAAAGAAAUCUGUUAACAGGCCAUGGAUGCCCGGGUAGUUAAAGACAUGGCAACAGGAAAAUCCAAAGGCUAUGGUUUUGUAUCUUUUUAUAAUAAACUGGAUGCAGAAAAUGCAAUUGUGCAUAUGGGAGGUCAGUGGUUGGGUGGUCGUCAAAUCAGAACUAACUGGGCCACACGUAAACCACCUGCACCUAAAAGCACACAAGAAAACAACACUAAGCAGUUGAGAUUUGAAGAUGUAGUAAAUCAGUCAAGUCCAAAAAAUUGUACUGUAUACUGCGGAGGGAUCGCCUCGGGGUUGACAGAUCAACUUAUGAGACAGACGUUCUCCCCGUUUGGCCAAAUUAUGGAGAUCAGAGUCUUCCCUGAGAAGGGCUACUCCUUUGUCAGAUUUUCAACCCAUGAAAGUGCGGCCCAUGCCAUUGUUUCAGUGAAUGGUACUACGAUUGAAGGACAUGUGGUUAAAUGCUAUUGGGGUAAAGAAUCUCCUGAUAUGACUAAAAACUUCCAACAGGUCGACUACAGUCAGUGGGGCCAAUGGGGCCAGGUGUAUGGGAACCCACCGCAGUAUGGACAGUAUAUGGCCAACGGGUGGCAAGUACCGCCGUACGGGGUGUACGGGCAACCGUGGAGUCAGCAAGGGUUCGGAGUAGAUCAAUCCCCCUCUGCGGCGUGGAUGGGCGGCUUUGGUGCCCAGCCUCCUCAAGGACAAGCUCCCCCUCCAGUAAUACCUCCUCCCAACCAAGCUGGAUAUGGUAUGGCAAGUUACCAAACACAGUGAGCUGGGACUCUAGGCAAAAUGGUCAUUCGUGAUAGGCUUCGAUUUCCUGUGACACUCUGAAGACAUGAAAGUAGACAUCGGAAUAUGAAAAUAUUUAUUUUAAAAAUUGAAAUGUUUGGAACCUUUAGCACAGCUUUGCUUUGGUGAAGGACACAUGUCUUCUAGUUCUGCCUUUUUAAGUUUUUGUUCAUGAUGGAUAUGAACAUGAUUUUUCUUUGUGUACAAAAACUAAAAUAAAGUCAAUAAAGACAGUUCUGCCUACACAUUUUGAUAUGAUAGGAGAAAUGAGUAAUCCGUUUUGAUUCUUAGAUACGAUUCCAUUUUUAUCUUGCUGUUCAGUAUUUUAACUCACUGUGUUUUUAAAAGAGCAAAAAAGGGAGGAACAAGGAAAACGGAAUCCAUGUAAGUUCAUCUUGAAUCCUGAUACUCCCCUCCCCCGCCCUGAGGUGGAUUGCAUUUGAAGUCAGCAGAGAGAAGUGUGAUAUUCAGAAGAAAUGCAUGAUUUUGGAGUCGCUUUGAAGGAAACACUUUGUCUAUGCCUAAGGAAACUGAAGCCAGACUGAAAGCCUGCCACCUAAAUAAGGAACAGCGUGGUCUCGUUACGUGAGGAUGCACUGAUGGUCCACACUAAGGCCUAUUUUUAAAACUUCAUAAAGGUGUCGAUGAAUAAACCUGUAGUGUACUACAUUUCAUUUGGGGGGGAUUACAAGUAUGGUGUUUGUAUUACAGUCAGACAGUCAUACUUGUGCUUUUACAUGAAGUUUAAAUGAUAUACAUUGUAAAUAUUGAAUAACUACAGUGUUUAAAAAGCAUGCUUCAACAUAGCAGUAGCAGCGAUGUCAUUACUUGGAGUAACACUUACCAUACUGCACUGCAUUGGAUGCAGUAGAUGGAGAAGAAUGUCUUUAGGCUGACAUUUCCAAGGUUGGCUACUACGUAAAAUUAAAGUUACACAAAUUGCUACACAGAAAAAGCCUUAAUUUUAAUUUCAUAAAAUCUUUGAUGCAUUAGUGUGUUCUAAAAUGUCACUGAAAAUUAAUUUUUUUUUCUUAUUUUUUGCUUCACAUUAUUUGGUAUGUAAAUACCUUAAUUAAAACCUUAUAAACCAAUUUCAAGGUUCCUAUAAGUUGUAUAGUUAGAAGUGUUUUUUAAAAAUCUUGGGGUGUUUUUAAAAAUUAGAUAUAUUUUGCCCAAGAAUUUUUUAACAAGAUUGCUAAAACAUCUUAUUUAGACAGUUCGAUGUACCAAUUUAUAAUUGGAUAUUCAGUUUAAAUAGUACACAGAGUUGUGACUCUUUAUUUUUAAUUGAUUUUUUUUCCUUGUAGGUAGGAUGCUUGGGAUGGCGAGCAUGAGCAGUGGCUGGAGUUGUGUGUGUGCAGAAUUUAUAAAAGUCAGUUGAGAAAGAUUAACUUUGCUUCCCAGAUGCUUGUCAGGCUGUGUGGGUAAAAAUCUGCCUCAAAUUUCUAUAAAGCAGGAAUGUAAAAUAGAUUAAACACUAUGUGUCUAGAUUGUGCAGUUAGGGGUGCCGGUAUUUUGGCAACGUACUCAGAUAUUGGCCUGGGCACGAAAAUGAGAAAAUGAUUCUUUCUUAUUAAGUAGUGAGAUGCAGCUGGCACCCAGAAGUGUGUUCUUAAAACAUAUGAAGUCUUAAAAUUAGCUUUAAAAUAAUAAUUGUUUUAUAAAUUGGGGACCACAGUGACUUGAGUAUUAUUUUCCCCACUUAAAAUUGCAGCCAAAUGUAUUAAAGAUGAAAAAAAAAAUAACCAGUCUGGAGCUUUUCAUCCUUGGGCCAGGCAUUUUUGAGGCUCCUUAGAUUUUCCCUGCCUUAGUCUUCAGUUACACCUGCCUCUCCUGGAGCAUGCCCCAGUUCCUUUUGUUCAUGGUGUCUUUGGGGAAUGUUUUUUGGAGAAGUUAUAUUUUGUAGAGAAAACACUUUAUGAAUCGUGCCCCUGAGUUAAAAAUUUCUUGAAUGUGUGUGAAACUUGGAGAACUAAAAUAUUCUUUUUGCUUUUGAUAAGGACCUGUUGAAUUUUCAGUUUGCUUUUUUUGGCGGGGGGGGGGGUCUACCCCCAAACGAAGUGGCUUCUUGACAGCUAGCAGCUCUGAUGGUAGCUGUAGGGUUUCCUGACAGUAUGAUCUGUGAUGGAAUAAAGUUAUCCAGGCUAGUUAUUGCCAUAGUGAACCUAUGACUGAAGUGUCCUUUCCUUAAUCCAAAAGAGAACAGCAGUUCAUCACCAGUUAACGGGAGUUGUUUCGUGUUACAUGGUUGUAAACUGUAAAGCUACUUAUCCAGAUGAAAUACACAGUUUAGACAAUACAGCUGUCACGUUGACAGACACACUUCUCUGCCAGUGGAGUGAGUGCUCCCUGAUCUGAUUGAAGCCCAGGAAUCCUUGCCUUUUCUUUCCCAGGUUCACCCAAAGCAGCAUCAGCAGAGGUUCUUAGGAAUGCAAGGGAAUGUUUAUGGCGUACGGAUUUUUGUUGAUGUGAUUCUGACGGCUGUCUUUGCCCUAAUUGUCUCUACUAAUAUUUCCCCCAUGCUAUUCCCACUUGAUUUUAUGUCUGCUGGCAGUGAAAGGCUAAAAUGAGUGGCCAAGUGAAGCCAAAGCUGUAAACCACAGUUGAAGUAAGUCUUUCAAUAAAGACUAGACUAUGUAA